AUGGAAGAGCAUGAUAAUAGGCCGGAAUUACCCCUAGAUGAGUCCCAAGGGGAACUCUUUGAUGGUCCGAAAGAAAUGCAGGGGGAACUCCAACCCACCCAGCCAAAGAAAAGCACCCCAGCUCUCGAGCCGGAAAUCUACAAGAAGCGCCUGAGAGGUCCUCUGAGAGUUCUGUCCCUUCCUCAGAUAGCCAAAUCGGCGGCAAGUAUUCAGACCAUCUUUGUUGUUCGUCACGAGUCACCUUGGGACACUUUCAGGAAAUCGUAUGAUUGCGAAUUGGGUAGGACAUUUGAGGUAGCCAGCCAUAAAGUCCGUCCCUCGCGGCUAGUCGCAAUCAGGACAAUUCGAGAGAGGGACAUCGAUACAACGCUUCGUCUCUUUGAGACGAUUGAACAUCCUAACAUUCUCUCGUCCCGGGACUGCUUCGUGCAUGAAGCGUCGAUAUUCGCGGUCUAUGAUUAUCAGGAUAUUGUGAUCUCAAUGGACAACCUGAUUGCCUGCGAAGCCUACCUAAACGAAGUCGAGCUUGCUGCCGUCCUUGCCCAGGUUCUCGAUGGCCUGUUAUAUCUCACCAGUCAGCGGAUCGAGCACCCGCAGCUCACGUCAUCUAACAUCCUGGUGUCUGGAAGAGGCGUCGUUAAGAUAGGAGCGCUUGAAGACUGUGUUAAAAUACUAGAAGAUAAAGCCCCACAAUAUUGCAGGGCCUUGGAGGUUGUCACGAUGGAGCUCAUGCAGAAGUAUGAGAAAGAGGACAAAAUGGCCGGCGAGGAUAAUUUUCAGCGAUGGCCUUACGAUUGCCGCGCUACCCAAUUCCUCUUGUCAGUGGCCUCAGGGACAUUCUCUGUUCGCUGA